CCAUUGGUGGAGCCCACGGAAGUGACGUGAAUUUGUGAAUUUUUAUAGUUCCCCCUUCUCAGCAGCCUCCACAGUGAAAGGAGCACUGGUUUCCAGACAGGCACACUCGCAACCACGAUGCCUAAGCACUGCUUUCCAGGCCUCCUCCUCAUGCUCUUGACCAGUGUCACAGUGCUUGAAACGCAGCCAGCCCAUGUGUCUCUGAAGCCUCAGAAGGUCCAAUUUCAGUCCAGAAAUUUCCACAACAUUUUGCACUGGCAACCAGGGAGCUCCCUCACCAGCAACGGCAGCGUCUACUUUGUGCAGUACAAGACGUAUGGACAGAGACAAUGGAAAGAUAAAAAUGACUGCUGGGGGACCACAGCGCUCUUUUGUGACCUGACCAACGAAACCUUAGACCCAUACGAGCCAUACUAUGGGAGGGUGAUGAUGGCCUGGGCUGGAAGCUACUCUGAAUGGAUCAGGACACCCCGCUUCACUCCAUGGUGGGAAACAAAAUUAGAUCCUCCGGUCGUGACUAUAACCCGAGUUAAUGCAUCUUUGAGGGUUCGUCUCCGCCCCCCAGAGUUGCCACAUAGAAACCAAACUGGAAAAAAUACGUCCAUGGAAAAUUACUACAACUUAGUAUACCGAGUUUCCAUAAUCAACAAUUCACUGGAGAAGGAACAAAAAGCCUACGAAGGAACUCAGAGAGCUGUUGAAAUCCAAGGUCUGAUACCUCAUUGCAGUUACUGCGUAGUGGCUGAAAUGUACCAGCCCAUGUUCGACAGAAGAAGCCCAAGAAGCAAGGAGAGAUGUGUGCAGAUACCGUAAACUGGUCUGAGGUGCUGAAACCGGGAGCAUAUCGAGAAGAGGAUGGCUUGUGCCUUGAACGGCUCACUUCUGUUUGAUUUUCUUAGAGCAUUGUCUACCCAUACCUUUCAAGGGUUUUAUUCGUUCUUUCUGUUUAUUUCAGUUGUAAAGUAAAUUCGAACAGAUUCAAAAAUAGAAUUUCAAGAGGAGAUAAAGAAUAAAGAGCUUGUGGUGAUGGACAUCUUUAAUCCCAGCACUAAGAGGCAGAAUCAGGCAGAUUUCUGUCUUUAGGGCCAGUCUGGUCUACAUACAGAGUUCCAGGCUAGCCAGGGUCACAGAGUGAGACCAUGCCUCAAUAAAGUAAGAUGUUAAGAUAAAAAUCUUCUAUAAAACACAGAAGUUUAUCUGAAUAUAGCAACCCUAACAAUACUCUUUUUUUCUGCUAAAAUCCCCAAAUAAGAACCAAACAAUAACAGGCAUUUAAUAAAAUGUCGCAAUGAGUUUUAAAGCAUUAUAUACAGAAAAUCCUGAACCAAUGAUUUUUUAUACUCUAUUAAGCCUUUUGCUUUGCCAGGGAUAUACCAAUUUAAUACUUUGUGUGAACGAGUAUAUUUCUGUACAUUUCUAUUUUAGAUGAAUAUGUUUUCAAUUUUUUAUUUCUCAUGAGGUAUUUCUACUUAGUGAACUAACACUUUAAAAAUAAUCUCUCGUGACUGUCUCUAAAUUAAUCUCCAGAAUAAGAUUUUCAAUAACAGCAUGUAAAUAGAAGGAAGUCUUCAUAAUACAAUUUCCCCUCACUUAACACCCAACCUUAGUAAGAUUACCCUUUCUGGCUUUGCUUUUAAUAUUGCCUUAGAACUUAACCUAUGCUGUAGAAGUGAGGCAUAUAUUUUCAACAGCAAGGAUAGAAAGAAGAAACAGCUAAGCCACACUGAUAACUCAGCCAUUCAGGCAAAGGGACCUCUCUGUUCUGGGAACAACUGGAGACCAUAUAGGAAACUUGGCUUGAAGCCAAAGGCACACUGUGGCUGCUUAAGUUGUUUCUGGGAUUAUAAGGAAAACCACAACCCUGCGAACUAUACUGCCUCUCCUAAGCAAAGAUCAGGUGACCUAAGGCUCAGAAAGUGGCCAGCGUUGCUAAGUCUCUCGUUAGCUCUUGAACUUAGACUAGCUGCUACUGAAAAGACAUGUGGGAGAGAACAUCUGUGGUCAUGAAAGGUGCUCCAACGUAUUACUUCAGAAAGUACAGUCAGUUUGUCUGUCUGCUUACAUCUACCAUGAUAAAUGUUCAUAGACCAUUAAAAAACGUGGGAGACGUGAAAACCAAGAGUGAGGGCAUCGUCCUGGCUGUUCUGUGUGUUCAAAAAACAAUGGCUUUCACUCUUAUUUUUGAAUUAUUCAAUUUUUAUUUCUUUAGUGGCUUAAUACCUGCUUGGAGAUUUUUUGGGUUUUUUGUUUCUUUGAAUGUUUGUUUUCUAUUUUGUACGUUGGGAAGGGCGAGACUUGAGAAGGAUAACCUGUCUUUGGGAAUCAGGACCACGUGUGGUGGCAGCAUUCGUGUUGUAAGAUUCGGCACUAAAGCCUCGUGAUACAAAAGGCAAGGAAUGUUGUAUAUGGACGUUGUCAGGUAACAGAGCUUUGCUUUGAUUCUGUUUGCUUGGGGUCUGCCUUCAUGCGCGAGCACAGCCAUGCUCAGAUAAGUAUAAAACGCUCUGAAAACCAUUAGAACAUUCACAUUCUUGAUCAUGUUAACAACAUACUGUCUCUGUACUUCAAUAAAUCUUACUUUGUACUUUA